CCAAUCACUUUCGACCAUCUGGAUUAUUCCAGAAGUAUCCGGAACGCAGGAUGGACUGCUCUGAUAUUGGAUCCCAUAAUAGACGGACUGCAAUUUACACAAGUUCUGAUGGACGGCGGCAGUGACUUAAACCUGCUAUAUCCGGACACAAUCCGCAAGUUGGGGAUAGACCCUACUACAAUUAGACAUAGCCGCACUUCCUUCAAAGGAGUGGCGCUAGGCCCUUACGCCAGGUGCACAGGUUCAUUAUUACUAGAAGUUGUGUUCGGGUCACCUGACAACUUCCGACGAGAAAAGCUAACCUUUCAUGUCGCCCCAUUCAAAAGUAGCUAUCAAGCACUACUGGGACGUGAAGCUUUCGUCCGCUUUAACGCAAUACCACACUAUGCGUCUCUUACGCUUAAAAUGCCCGGUCCAUGCGGCAUCAUUGUAUUAAAAGGUCGUCUAAGACCCUGGACACGGCUAGACGGGUCCGGAAUAAAUAAGCUAGGGUGGAUGCAUGCAACCUACACCUACACCUAUCAUAAGGGCAAUGAACAGUGA